ACAUGAUGAAAACGCAGAGAAGGAUUUAUUUUGCUCCGAUAACGACUACACCCCGGUGAGUUUGCUGUGUAACCAUGUCUUAGCGCCACUUGUAAUCCUCAAAGGAAGUAAAGCUCUCUCUAGUGCUUACAGACACAAAAUAUCCUGCGAUGGAUUGGAAAUUACUUCAUGACAGAGCACGCGGUUUAAGGUCGACGAAGAUCCCGGACCAUGCGGUCUUUGUCUAUGGGGGAUCUUUCGCAGCGAUUACGAAAUGCAGAUGAAACAGGAAGUAGGGCGACCGAUCGUCUACGUCAUCAAAUACACUAACUAUCAUUGGUCGAGCGCCAGAGACAGACUUCAGAGUCACGACGUCUGAUUGGCUGCGUUGCCGGUCAUAUAUAAAGAUCCAGACUCUAUCCUACUUCCUUUCCAUUCUUCUGCCGGCAAGGACACAAACCUCGUUGCUGUCCAUUCCAACCCAACACCCCAAAGUCACCCUCAACCCGGAAACAUGUCCAAGGGACCAGCAGUUGGUAUUGACCUUGGGACCACCUACUCCUGUGUUGGUGUUUUCCAGCAUGGGAAGGUUGAAAUCAUUGCCAAUGACCAGGGAAACAGAACCACACCCAGCUAUGUUGCCUUCACAGACAGUGAGAGGCUCAUUGGAGAUGCAGCCAAGAACCAGGUUGCAAUGAACCCCACCAACACAGUCUUUGACGCCAAACGUCUGAUUGGCCGCAGGUUUGAUGAGAACGUUGUGCAGUCAGACAUGAAGCACUGGCCAUUUAAUGUCAUCAAUGACAACACUCGUCCCAAGGUCCAAGUAGAGUACAAGGGUGAGUCCAAGUCCUUCUACCCAGAAGAAAUCUCAUCUAUGGUGCUGACCAAAAUGAAGGAAAUCGCUGAAGCCUACCUUGGAAAAACUGUCAACAAUGCUGUAAUUACGGUGCCUGCCUACUUCAACGACUCCCAGCGCCAGGCCACCAAGGAUGCCGGCACAAUCUCUGGCCUUAAUGUUCUGCGUAUCAUCAAUGAACCAACCGCUGCUGCCAUUGCCUAUGGAUUGGAUAAGAAGGUUGGGUCAGAAAGGAACGUCCUCAUUUUCGAUCUUGGUGGUGGCACCUUUGAUGUGUCCAUCUUGACCAUUGAGGAUGGUAUCUUUGAGGUCAAGUCCACCGCUGGAGAUACUCAUCUUGGUGGGGAAGAUUUCGACAACCGCAUGGUCAACCACUUUAUUGCAGAAUUCAAGAGAAAGUACAAAAAGGACAUCAGUGACAACAAGAGAGCUGUCCGUCGUCUGCGCACCGCCUGUGAAAGGGCAAAGCGCACCUUGUCUUCCAGCACUCAGGCCAGCAUUGAAAUCGACUCCCUGUAUGAGGGAGUUGACUUCUACACCUCCAUCACCAGGGCUCGUUUUGAGGAGCUCAAUGCCGACCUCUUCCGUGGCACCCUUGACCCUGUUGAGAAGUCCCUCCGUGAUGCCAAGAUGGAUAAAGGACAGAUUCAUGACAUUGUGCUGGUUGGUGGCUCCACCCGUAUCCCCAAGAUCCAGAAGCUGCUCCAGGACUUCUUUAACGGAAAGGAGCUGAACAAGAGCAUCAACCCAGAUGAGGCUGUGGCUUAUGGAGCUGCUGUCCAGGCCGCCAUCCUGUCUGGAGACAAGUCUGAGAAUGUGCAAGACUUGCUGCUCCUUGACGUCACCCCUCUGUCUCUGGGUAUUGAAACUGCUGGCGGUGUCAUGACUGUCCUGAUCAAACGUAACACAACCAUUCCAACCAAGCAGACCCAGACCUUCACCACUUACUCCGACAACCAGCCUGGUGUGCUCAUUCAGGUGUACGAGGGUGAGCGUGCCAUGACCAAGGACAACAACCUGCUGGGCAAGUUUGAGCUGACUGGCAUUCCUCCUGCACCCCGCGGUGUUCCCCAGAUCGAGGUGACCUUCGAUAUUGAUGCAAACGGCAUUAUGAAUGUGUCUGCUGUAGACAAGAGCACUGGCAAGGAGAACAAGAUCACCAUCACCAAUGACAAGGGUCGUCUCAGCAAGGAGGACAUCGAGCGCAUGGUGCAGGAAGCCGAGAAGUACAAGGCUGAGGAUGACGUCCAGCGUGACAAAGUGUCUUCUAAGAACGGCCUGGAGUCCUAUGCUUUCAACAUGAAGUCUACUGUGGAGGAUGAGAAGCUUGCCGGCAAGAUCAGCGAUGAUGACAAGCAGAAGAUCCUGGACAAAUGCAACGAGGUCAUCAGCUGGCUCGACAAGAACCAGACUGCUGAGAGGGAUGAGUAUGAGCAUCAGCAGAAAGAGCUGGAGAAGGUUUGCAACCCAAUCAUUACCAAGCUGUACCAGAGCGCAGGUGGCAUGCCUGGAGGUAUGCCAGAGGGUAUGCCAGGUGGCUUCCCUGGAGCCGGUGGUGCAGCUCCCGGUGGUGGAUCCUCCGGACCAACCAUUGAGGAGGUCGAUUAAACCAUUCCAUCAGUUCUUCUCAGAUGUUUCCAAGAAAGUAACCCUCAUAGCACAAGUAACAACAAGCUAUUGAGUGUAAUAAAACUUAAAAAAUGGGUUCAGGAAGCACUUUUAUUGUACGGUUUGACACAACUGGCACCAACUUGAGUGGGCACGGUGAAGCUGUGAGUUAAAAUGUUUUGUAUGCAAAGAUGUUUGUUUCAAAUAAAAUAAAUCUUGUGACCCUA